UAAAACCGAAUAUUUUUAUUUUGCCAAAAGAUAAAAUAAUCUAGGUAUAAACAAAAAAGUCUUAACUGCCUGAGAGUGAGAAAAAAUAUUAAAGAAUGGCGUCUUCAACUAUGACAAGCCUAAGGAAGCAAGAAGAGCAUGAUCAGGACGAGAUUCCCAGUGAUGAUGAGGACUUUAUCCAAAACUGGAUAGAAUACCAGGAAGACAUUAAUUGGAAGGGGGAAAGACAAUUCAUUAGGCAGCUCUGCUAUUACUGCGAUGCAAAAUUUCCGUCUGUGAGGCAAUGGAUGUCUCAUGAAGGAUACUGCCAAGAAGGUCAAACUAAGAGAUUUCCAUGUCAGGUAUGCCGAUUGAACUUUACAACGCAGCAGAUACUGAAACAGCAUGAGGAGCGGCAUCAAAACCCAGGAGGUUUUCCAUGUUCGUCCUGCAAUGAAAAUUUUACAACAGCAGCAGCCCGGCUGGAGCACAGAGAAGCCCAACAUCGUGAGUUUCAGUGUCAAAUCUGCAUGAUGAAGUGCUCAACGUCAGUAGACUACGUCCAGCACAUCCUGACCACUCAUAGGGAUGUUCAAAAUACCAGAGAUGGGAAUGAUGAGCAAAAUCUCAAUGACUUUAAUUUGUCUGUGGUCAAAACAGAGCCCCUGUUUGAAGAGCCUUUCGAAUCAGUUGUUGAAAUUAAAAAUGAAGAAAUAAGCUAUGAGACGAAUAUGAGAGAUCCAUUUGUCUCAGAAGACGAAGAGUCUGACAAUGAGGAGGAGAAAACUUUAACUACUUCCAGAAAUGUUGAAUUUCAUUGCCGAAUCUGUGGGAAGAAGUACUGCAAAGCUCUAAACUUGGUGGCUCAUUUGAAACAAAAGCACAACAUGCAGAGCGAUGAUGAAAAUUGGCCACCGGAACUCCAGAGCUUCAGAAACAAGACAUUCCAGUGCAAGAAAUGCCUCAAAGAAUAUCCCAACAAAUAUCAACUUGUUCUUCAUAAUAAAGAAACUCACGCUAAAGCCACCACAGUUAAAACCAAAAAGUACGCAUGCAAGGACUGCCAAUGCAUGUACGUUGAAUCCGAAAAGCUUGUGCGCCACUACAAAGUCAAACACAAUAAGAAUUAUGAAAAUGAUCCACAAUUCAUUGAGGAUUGUGUGAAAAUGAGGAAGCAGUACUACUGUGAGAUUUGCGAUAGAGAAUUUCCAACACCUUCUUCCCUAAUGAGGCAUAAGUACAUUCAUGAUCCGGAAAAGAAACAUUUCUGCAGAAACUGUCGGCAGUAUUAUGGAUGUGAAUUGAGGGAACACAAACUAACAUGCAAUGCAGCAGGCAGACGUGGCGUGUCAAUGGAGGGAGGUCAGAAUGAGAAGGAAGUUCCAAUGGAAAUUAUCAUGGAUUAUGUGGAUCUUGGCAAUGUGAAGCAAGAAGAUGUUCUUGAUCACCUCAAACAAGAAGAUGAUUUUGAUUAUUUCGACUACGAAAUACAGGAAGACAACCCAGUUGUGGAAGCUUCAACUUCCACUAAUGCUUUAGUAGAUAUUAACUACUACUGCCACAUCUGUGGCAAAAAGUUCUGUAAGGCUAUCGGCUUAAUGGGUCAUUUGAAAAACAAUCACGAAAUGCAGAGUGAUGACGAGAAUUGGCCAGAAGAACUCAAACCGGAUAUUUUGAAAGGUGUUCCAGUAACCUGUGAAAUAUGCCAAUGUGUCUUCUCUGGGGAAUUAGCCCGAAGAUCGCAUAUGAGAAUAUCCCAUGCUUCAGCAUUGGGCUUGACUCGUCCAAAAAGCAAACCAAAAGAAUCCAUGACGAAAAGUUUGAAGGAUUAUAAAGUUUCCUGCAAUGUGUGCAAUCUUGUUUGCGAAAAUGAUGCUAAACUUGAAGAGCAUACUGCAAAAUUUCACGCCCCAAAAACGCAUCGGAGGAUCGAUCUGGAAGAAAAUAGAGGAAAAAGCAAGAAAUUCAUGUGCAAGGAAUGCAGAUACAUCUAUCUCCUGCCAAGUGAUCUAAUCCUUCACUACAGAGCCAAACACAAUAAAGACAUUGAAAAUGAUCAGCAAUUCAUUGAGGAUUGUAGUAUAAUGCGGAAGAAAUACAUCUGCAAUAUUUGCAACAGAGAAUUUCCAACAUUUACGUCCUUAAUGAGGCAUAAGGAUGUUCACGCACGGGAGAGGGAAUCUUCUCAUGGAAAGAAAGUCUUAUCUUCUGUUAAUGAAAAAGCAUUUCAAUCCGAAACAGCCGCAAAACUUCCUCAACGUCCUUCUGGAGGUUAUGCGAAAGCAGGAAAGGGAAGGAAGUACGAAUGCAAAGAGUGCAGAUGCAUUUAUCUCCAUCCAGAACAGCUAAUUGUUCACUACAGAGUCAAGCAUAUGAAGGACUUUGAGGACAAUAAGGAGUUUAUUGAGAGUUGUGCUGUAAUGAGAAAGAGAUACAUUUGCAGGAUUUGUGAUAAAGAGUUUGCCGCAUGUACAUCCCUCGUCAGGCACAAGGAGUAUCAUGACGCCAAUGAAUCCCUCUUGAAGAAACAUAGGGAGGUGUGUCAGUUCAAAUGCACUAUUUGCAGUAAGAUUCUGAGCACAAAAUCUUCAUUUGAACUCCACAAAAAGAGUCACAAAGAUCACGUUGAAGCGAAAUGUGAAAUUGAAAAGGUUUCCGUGGAAAGUUUCGUGAAGAAGGAGCACAGUGAUGAUGAAUACGAUAAGUUAGCUUGCAAUGAUGCUGAAAAUGCUGCAGCAACAGAUACCAAAGGUCGAGAUUUGAGCCUUUUGGAUGAUGAGGAGGAGCAUUGUUGCCACAUCUGUGGCGCUACGUACUUCCGCUCUACAAAUCUAAUGUUGCAUUUGCAGAGGAAGCACAAUACAAGUCCUGACGAUGAGAAUUUGAAUUUGCAGAGCUCCAUAGUUAAGAAGCUCACGUGCAAAGUAUGUCAGACCAUUUGCUUCAAUGCAAAGCAACUUACAUUGCAUACAUUCGAAAAUCACGAGAAAAUUUCAUCUCUAAGCAAGAAGUUCACGUGCAAAGACUGUAAUUGCAUUUUUUUGCAACGUGAAAUGCUAAUCCAACACUACGAAAGCAAGCACAACAGGAACAUUGAAAAUGAUCCACAAUUCACUGAGAAUUACGUGGUAAUAAGUAGGAGGAAUGAUUGCAAAAUAUGUGGAAAAGAAUUUGCAAGAUCUGAUACUCUAAGGAAGCAUAAGCGACAACAUAUUGAUGGAGGAAUCGGAUUGAGGAUUUAUUGUCACAAUUGCAACAAAGACUUCACGGACGUAAAUGAUCUGAUGAAACAUAAGGAGACGUGCAAUUUUCAAUGUGCCUAUUGCAAUAAAAUCUUGGGCUUAAAAGUAUCAUUGAAAAAACACUUGAAGAGUCACAUAGAUCGAUCCUUUGGAACGUACUUCACCAAGUGCAAAAAGUGUGGGCAGCGCUGCAAGACACAAGGAGACUACAAAGAUCACAAAAAUACAAAUUGUGGAAAAGAGGCUGCCUUCAAGUGUGAAAGGUGCACGAAGAUCUUUCGACUGAGGCGGAAGCUGAGGGAACACAUGUUCACGCACGGAGAGAAGCCGUAUGCGUGCACAAGUUGUGAAAUGUCCUUUAAAUCGCCAUUCGAAAGGAAAGCUCACAUGAAGAGCCAUGUGAAUGAUCUCCUGGCAUUUGCCCAAAAGUUCUACUGCAAAGUCUGCAAUAAAGGUUUCAGGAUAGAAGCCGCCUACGCCAAACACAUGAGGAAUCUUCAUGGGAUUGAGGUGGAGGUAAUAUGCCCCACUCAUGGGUGCAAAUUCUGCAAAGGGAAAUUCUACAAUGAAGCCUGCCUGCAGAGGCACAUGAUAAAGCGACACACUUUUAAUGGGAAAGUUCAAAUAAAAUGUAAACACUGUGAUGAAUUCUUUGAUGAUAAAGCAGCAAUGAUGAAGCACAUAAAAGCAUCACAUGUUGAUGUACUAACAUGUACUUUGUGCAACAAAUCACUGAGCAGCGAAACAGGUCUACAAAAUCACAUUCAGAGACAUCACGAGAAGAGAAAGGAAAAUCAAAGGAAAUUCCUCUGUGAAUUGUGUGGGAAAACUUUCAAUAGUUGUAGCGUUAUGAGACAACACGAGGAGAAUUGCGGAAAAUCCCCGCAGUAUCAAUGCGAUCAAUGCCAGAAGUUUUUCACAACAGCAGGAACUCUAAAAUCUCACAAAGUCACCCAUUCGGGAGUUCGGGCAUUUCCAUGUCAGUUCUGCGAUAAAAAAUUCUUCAAGAAACAUCAGGCAUUGGUACACGAGAGGAUCCACACGGGAGAGAAGCUAUUCAAAUGCACCUACUGCUCCGAAGCUUUUGUGCACUAUUCAACGCUUCAGAUUCAUCUGAGCACCCACACGGGCGUGAAGAGGUACGUGUGCAGCGGAUGUGGCGAUAGAUUCACGUGCCAAUCCAAUUUGAGGGCACACCGGAAGAGUAAUGCGAGUACUUGUGGACUUACGCCGCUUAUGGGUCCUGUUCCAGGACCUUCUGGGCCACCUAAACAAUAGGGGAAUGUGAUGAAGUUUGAGAGAAUAAAAGAAUUAAACUUUA